UCUGUGCCUGUGAAAUCCACAGCUCUCUCUGUGUUUAACGCUGUUUCAGUCUCCAGGUUCCACUUCUACUUGGCGGUUCAGGGUAAUGAAGAUAAAAUGCACUUAAUAACCCGAAGCUGCGUGCUAUUUUUGUGGAUGCAUACGCUGACCUUGGUGAAAAGUCAAGACUGCACACUUGAACAGUUUUUAAAAAGUCGCCUGUAUGAUUCAAACUUUGACACGACUGGUUUGGAGGCCAGCUACCCAGGUGGAAAACAAGUGAGAGUGGGCUGCAAUGUUGGCUACAGUGGCUUUUUCAAACUGAUCUGUGUUGAGGGAGCAUGGCAGUCCAGAGGCACUAAAUGUCAACCAAGAUCAUGUGGUCACCCCGGCGACGCCCAGUUUGCAGAUUUUCAUCUGGACAAGGGAGACGAUUUUGUCUUUGGGUCAGAAGUUGUGUAUACCUGCCACAAAGGCUAUCAAAUGGUCAGUCGCUCAAACCUCCGGCGUUGCAUGGCUGAAGGCUGGGACGGUGUCGUUCCAAUCUGCGAAGCCCAACACUGCCAAGCCAUUCAUGUGGACAGUAAUGUCUUUGUGAAUGGGGACCCAGACGAGGCAACCUAUGGCAACGUUAUUCGAUUUGGCUGCAAAUCCAACACUGAGGUCAUGGAUGGGUUGCCAGAGAUCUACUGUGAUGAAAAUGGAAAGUGGAAUGGCGAGGCUCCAAAAUGCAAAGUGGUAAAAUGUACAAUACCCCUAAUUGAAAAUGGUCAUGUGCCUGGAGAUCAGCAAGAGUAUAAUGAACACGAAGUCCUGCAUUUUGAGUGCAAGUCUAAAUACAGACGCACUGAAGACAGACCUUCAAAAUGCACAAAAGUUGGCUUGAGAGCGGAGUGGAGCCCCAUGCCGUUGUGUGAACAAAUAAAAUGUAAACUGCCGGAGCCACUGUCAGGAACCAGGUAUCAGCCAAGUUCCAGAAAUUUGUUUGAACCUGGUGAAACAGUAGCAGUCACUUGUGGAGAGACGUACUGGAUUUCUGAACAACACUUCAGAUCAGUAAGGACGGAAUGCAAAGAAGACGGACAGUGGACUAUCGAUCCGGUCUGCAAAGAGGUCAUAUGCACUCGACAAGACCGAUUUGUGACAUACUGGGGGUCCUAUUGGCCUCCAGUAACAUUGGGUCAGUCUGAAAGUUAUCGUUGUAGGGAUAACUACAAAAGCCCAGAUGGCAAAAACAGGGCCACAUGCACCAGAUAUGGGUGGAGUCCAAAUCCACUUUGCCAAGAAAUAAUAUGUGAGAGAGAGGAUAUCCAGAAUGCAGUUAUCACAGGUGAAGACAAGCAGGUAUACAAAAACUGGCAAACAGCCCGUUAUCGCUGCAGGGAGGGUUAUGAUGGAGAAGUUGUCCGAACCUGUACUCAAAGUGGUUGGACCGGGCGAUCACAGUGCAGAGCAAUAACUUGCAGAAAACAGUAUUAUGAGAAUGCAGACAUUGAAGUGAACAAUCAGCUCGAAUACAGAUACAAUGACAAGGUGGAGUAUAUCUGCAAGAAUGGUUAUGAGGGACGUUUUAAUCUAACCUGUGGGACAAGAGGCUGGAUGGGAUCUAAUCAAUGCACACGUAUACAGUGUAAAAAACUGGACAUCCCCAACGCAUACAUUACUCGCAAUGCCAAGGAAAGUUACAACUACAAUGAACGAGUCCAAUAUGCAUGCAGGAACAACGAUGCAAACCGUUUUACUGUUACCUGUGAUCAACGUGCUUGGACCGGGAUUCAGAGCUGCUCAGCAUGUCCAGAAGCUAAAAUUCCAAAUGGAUUUGCACUCGGCCCAUACGAUGACACAGUGUACUACACCUGCAAAGAAGGUUAUAAGCUCUUCACCAAAGGCUGGUGGCAUGAAGCCAAAUGUAUCGACGGCGAGUGGUCCGGGUUCAAAAAGUGCAUCGAGAAAAGCAAAUGUGGAGAAAUUCCUGCGAUCCCUAAUAGGAAAGUGACAUCCGAGCAAAUUGUUUAUGACGAAAAUCAAAGUGUUCAAAUCAUUUGUAAGGACGGAUACCAGGCUACUGUUGACAGCUUAACUUGUCGCCAGGGAAGAUGGCGCUCAGAGGGAUUAAUACUCAAAACGAUCUGCAGACCUAUUGCCAGUCACUGCAGUCCCCCUCCGAAGGUUGAGAACGCAGUUGUUAUGACGCCAUAUCAGAAGGAAUACCUGUCUGACUCCAAAGUGACUUACGAGUGCCGUGAUAGGUACAUGAUGGAGGAAGAACAAACACUUCAAUGCAAAGAUGGGAAAUGGGAGGAGAAGAACAUUAAGUGUACACUGUACUGUGACAGGCUCAAGGAUGAGAGGCAGACAAUGACCUUCAUCGCGGAUAAAGAAAGAUAUUUGGAGGGCCAUGUCAUAGAUUAUCAAUGUAUCAGCGGCGGAGUAGAGACUGGCAAAGCAACAUGCAUCAACGGCUCGUGGGAUAAGACAGUGGAAUGUGAAGUAAAGCCAUGUGAACUUCCUGAUGAGACUCCCAAUGGCUAUUAUCAAAUUAUCCACGGUGAAGACUUUGUUUUUGGAACAACUAUCAAAUACUUCUGUAAUGAAGGGUAUCAAAUGGUGAGUAAGGAAGACACCAGGACUUGUUUGCUGGAACAAUGGACCAAUCGCCUGCCAGUGUGUGAUCCUUUGAGCUGUGACCCCCCGCCUGAAGAUUUACAGGCAACAGUACAACAUCUGCCAGAAAAUGAAGAUCUUAUACUUCCUGACCGCUUCAUCACAUUCAGCUGCGAUGAUCCUCAGCAACGCCUGAAUGGCAGUUCAGUGCUGAUUUGUGGUAAAGAUGGACAGUGGGAUAAGCCAUUCCCCUCGUGUGAAGACAUCACUUGUGAAGUUCCAGUGAUGCAUCAUCAUCUCAUUGUAAAUGGACCACUGGAUGGAAAAAUGAAGGUUGGACAUAAAUUACAGUUUCAGUGCAGUCCACACGAUCAAUAUACACUGGAUGGACCUGCAGAAAUUGAGUGUUUACAGACUGGACAGUGGAAUGCACCAUUCCCAACUUGUUCUGAAAAUUGCAAAGUCACAGGUGUACCAGGAAAUGUACUUUAUACCCCACGUUCACAAUAUGGAAGAAAAGGAGAAAAGUUAACAUUUUUUUGCCGCUGGCGUGGACAGUUUCUUCAAGGGAAUAAAGUGAUUGAAUGUCGAGCGGACGGACAGUGGAGUGAUCCCUUCCCAACAUGUGGAGAUCCGGUGGGCUGCAAGAAACCACCACUCCUUGCAGAUGGAGACACCAAGGAAACGUCUCGAUUCUCAUACAGACACAAUGAAAGGGUUGAAUACAUCUGUCAGAAUUACUACACUAUGGAUGGUGAUCCUCACAAAACCUGUAUCAAUGGUGAAUGGAGUGGAGAGACGAGAUGUCUGAAACCCUGCACUGUGAAUACAGAAGCCAUGAGCAGACAUAAUAUUGCCUUCAGAUAUACCCAUGACGAUAAGCUCUAUUCACGCCAUAAUGAAGAAAUUGAGUUCAGGUGUGUCGGACGAAGAAGACAUGACGGCAGACUAAACAUGCGUCAGAGAUGUCGUGAUGGUGUGAUGCAGCUGCCCAGUUGUUGGUAAAGUUUUAAGUCGACUCGAUGUGGUAGACAUGAGCUGGCUGGGCAAACAUGUAACUCAUUAACCAAAGUAA